CCCUGCAACUGUCCCACGAUGAUCACACCUUUUUUCACAAUCAACCAGGACGAUGAAUUCAUUUUCAUCGACAUCAAAGUCUCGCACAUCCGGUUCAAUGCGCCGGAUAUCGAGAUGGUGGUGGAGAACGAGAUGUUUGUAUUCUCCUUACCGCCAUACUACUUGCGCCUCAGAUUGCCGCUUCCGCUAGUAGACGACGAGAGAUCGAACGCCCAUUAUGAUUCCAAAUCCGAGUGCAUCAAAGUCAAACUUCCCAAAUUGAACAAGGGGGAUGUAUUCCCAGACCUCGACUUGACCUCCAAGAUGCUCGCCAGAACCGCCCAGAAGGAGUUUUUGAUGCAGGAAGUUGGCUCCACGACCGAAGCUGCCCCUGUGCGAGGACCAAUGAUUCAAGAAAUGGACCUCACGAAUAGUUUGAUUUCCCCACCCCAAACAAGCAAGGAUGUGUACCAGGAGGGUGAGCAGUUUGACUGGGAGGUGAAGCAGACGAUGCCAACAGAAGAGCAAGAGACGAUCACAAUGAAGGCAAUCAAGUACGGGUUUGACAACCAGUACGAAGGGAUCGUGGGGGUCUCCAUGACCAACGGUAACGAUAUCAACGAGUUGGGCAACCCUGAAAAUAUCGCUCCGAACGACCGCACAAUCGAAAGAUUAAUCAAGGAAAACAUCAAAUUCGAUCCUGAAUACUACGGUGCAGACUACUUUGCGGCCAAGUAUCCCCAGCCAGAUGAUGAUAAGCAGUUCAAGGAUAUUAUGGAAUGGAGAUCACCAGUCGUUACCAAGUUCUUAAAGUGGCAGAAGAAGCAGCAGCUGAUGCCAGUAGAGGAGAGACAGCAGCUUUUCCCGGUGGAAUUUUCAACCCAGGAACAGGAGCAGAUGUUGCAGUUGCCUAAAAAAUCCUACUUGAUCGAAGACAAAAUGCCAUUGUUGUUGAUGUUGGUUUCUCUGUUAUUCAGCUAUAGCUUUGACAUGAGGGAGACUGAAGGUGACCACAACAUCGAGAGUGCCUGGACGGUCGGGAAGCUUACUCCCCAGAUCGCCUUCUUGGAUUCGCAGAUCGUGAUUCCCGGUUCCGCCAGCACGUCUUUGUUGCGUGCCACCGUCAUUACGCUGAUCAGGAGGUCGUUGUGCUACCCGUUGCACCGCAACUUCGACUUGGCCAUGAAGUGUUGGGACGAUGUGUACUACACCAUGAGGGGCGGGAAGCGUCUAGUCUUGAAGGCUUUGCUCGACUUGAGAGAGUUGUUCCGGUUCCAUGAUGUUUACUACGUGUACACAAAGAUCUGGAUGGACGACUUGUGUGCAUGGGUCAUCAGCGACCAGGUCUCUGAAAACACAAUCAGAUCUCUCGCGCACGACUUGAGAAAGGAGUUGGGUAGCCUCCAGAAGACCGAGAUUACUUUUGAAAAGGUUUUUAAUAAGGAUAGCGAGAACGAGGCGAUGGAAGACGAGGAUGCGGACGAGAUUGAAACGGUCAACUUGGCCGAGAUUGAGAAGAUGGUGGAAGACUACCAGAACGAAAUGGAAGAGUAGGCCUAUGGGGAGGUUUUGUAUGAAAGUUCGAUGAGCGGCAUAAGUUUAAGGCAGAAAUAGAUGUUUUAAGGGUACUGGACGUUGUAGCUAACGGCAGGCUGCCGGUGACUCAUCCUCAAAAUAUAGGAACAGGCUCAAUCAUUACAUUAUUCCCGAUGAAUUACCGUACAAUUAAUAUAUAAAAUUCC